AUGUUAACUGAUUUAGAUAAUUUAAACUUACCAGACGAUUUUAUUUAUGUCACAAAAAAUGGGAAAAAAAUUAAAAAAGCAUCAGGUGGAAUAGUUGUUAUUUAUAGAAAGAGUUUAGAAAAAGAGUUGAAUUUCUAUAAUACUGAGAGUCAAUUUGUUUUAUGGUUUAAACUUUCGAAAUCAAUUUUGUCACUUAAUUUAGAUGUAAUUUUUGGUUGUGUUUAUGUACCACCUGAAAAUUCUAAGUAUUCUACUAUAGAAGCUUUUGAAGAAUUGGAAAAUGAAUUGAAUAUCCUUACAAACACUGAAAAUAGUUAUAUUGCCCUAGUCGGCGAUUUUAACUCAAAAACUGGGUCUUUACCCGAUUAUAUUAUACCUGAUGAGUCAGUUGUUAGUAUGUUUGAUUUAGAUUGUGAUGCUGAUAUAUUAGAUUAUUUACUUCAGGCCACAUUUAGUAAAUCAGAUUCAAUUGUUAUCAACAAUAGAAAUGAUAAAACUUUUGUCAGGUGGAAAAGUGAACAGAAAUCUGAAUACGUUGAUCGAAUUCACAAUGAUCCUGAAGGUAUUUUGACCACUGUUAUGAAUAAACUGGACGAAUUGUCCGUAAAUAAUGAUGCAACUCAAAAUGAUAUAAACAAUAUAGUUUUAGAUAUCAGCAAAAAUUUUAAAGAUGCGGCAGCAGAAACGUUUGGGAAGAGAGCUGCUGAUGAGUUGCGUAACAUUUCUAAAAAGGACACAAAAGCUCUAUGGAAAAUCCUUAAUAAUCUAAAUGAUAGUAAAAAAAAAGAUAACAAUGACGAUAUAUCUCUAAAAGCAUUGUAUGAUCAUUUUAAAAUACUAAAUGAAACUGUUGAGACAGAAAAUGAUUUCGAACAAGAUUUGGAAUUUGAUACUCUAUCAGACGAUGUUGAGUUAUUUUUAAACAGUCCAGUAACAGAAGAUGAAAUUAAAAAAGUUGUUUCAAACUUAAAAAAUGGCAAAGCUUCAGGUAGUGAUGAAAUUUUAAAUGAGUAUAUAAAGAAUACAAUUGACGAUUUAAUGCCAAUUUAUGUUAAGCUAUUCAAUUUGAUUUUAGAUACUGGAAUUGUUCCAGACAGUUGGUCUAAUGGAAUCAUGAUUACUAUAUUUAAAAAUAAAGGAUCAAGAUCUGAUCCCGAAAUGUACAGAGGAAUCACUUUGAAUUCAUGCUUUAGUAAAACUUGUUCUGCUAUGUUGAAUUACAGGUUAAAUAAUUAUGCAGAUCACGUAGACCUGAUUUCAAAGUCACAAGCAGAUGAUACUGCGCUAUUGUCUGAAAGUGCAGAAGGAUUACAAAAAGCCUUGUAUGUUUUGAAGAAUAUUGUAAAAAAUGGAAGCUUAAGAUUAACACAAGCAAAACCAAAGCAGUGA